CAUCACACUCCAGCGCAAUUUAGGGUUUGUCGUCACUUCUUUCGCCCACGGAUCAAUUACUCGUCCCGGGAUCGAUUGAAUCAUACACAUAGAUUCAUAUUCAUAUCAUCGUGAGAUUCAUCACAUGAAGAUUCACGAUUCCAGAAAUGAAAAGCGAGCUACCUAUGUGUGAAUAAUGUUCUUCGAAGACCGAAAGAGAGCGGGGCAAUUAACAAAUAUCUAGUAACUUGAUUAUUGAUUAGUCAUAUCCAAUACCUUCUGGCUUUGAUGUUUAAUGGAAAGAUCUCAAGCGGAGACUUCGUAUCAUUUUCCACUUAAUGAUGAUUUAAGGCCUAUGAUCUACAUCAAUUGAGGUUUGAGAAGACUACAAUGUCUGAAGAGGCUGCACAUAUGAUGCUGGUAUAUGAUGAUCCCUCGGAUCAAAGAUCCUUAUCUUUGGAAGAUACAAGCAGCGCCGAGGAAUCGCCAGAUGAAACAAGACUGUCCUUAGAAACAACAAACGAUGCUAUUCCAUACAUUGGGCAAAGAUUUGUAACUCAUGAUGCUGCUUAUGAGUUUUACAGUGAAUUUGCAAAAAGGUGUGGGUUUUCGAUUCGGCGUCAUCGCACGGAAGGUAAAGAUGGUGUUGGGAAAGGUCUCACGAGGCGUUACUUUGUCUGCCACCGAGCUGGUAAUACUCCUGUUAAAACCUCAAAUGAAAACAAGCCCCAAAGAAACAGAAAAUCUUCAAGGUGUGGAUGUCAAGCAUAUAUGCGUAUAACCAAGUCAACUGAAUUAGGAGUACCUGAAUGGCGUGUUACGGGCUUUGCAAACCACCAUAAUCAUGAACUCCUAGAGCCAAAUCAGGUGCGCUUUCUUCCUGCAUAUCGCACCAUAACAGAAUCUGACAAGAACCGUAUCCUCUUGUUUGCCAAGACUGGAAUUUCUGUGCAACAGAUGAUGAGGCUGCUGGAACUUGAAAAGUGCGUAGAGCCAGGAUAUUUGCCGUUCACAGAGAAGGAUGUCCGAAAUUUGCUUCAAUCUUUUAGGAAAGUGGAUCUCGAGGAUGAGAGCAUAGAUUUACUAAGGAUGUGCAGAAACAUUAAAGAUAAAGAUCCCAAUUUUAAAUUUGAGUUUACUCUUGAUUCCAAUGGCAAAUUGGAGAAUAUAUCUUGGUCAUAUGCCUCAUCUGUUCAGUCAUAUGAGAUUUUUGGCGAUUCUGUGGUGUUUGAUACUACACAUCGGUUGACUGCUUUUGACAUGCCUCUUGGAAUAUGGGUUGGAAUAAACAAUUAUGGCGUGCCAUGCUUUUUCGGUUGCGUGCUUGUACGAGAGGAAAAUUUGAGGUCCUUCUCAUGGGCUUUGAAGGCUUUCUUGGGAUUUAUGAACGGGAAAGCUCCUCAAACAAUAUUAACAGACCAAAAUAUGUGUCUGAAAGAAGCAAUAGGAAUGGAGCUGCCAACUACCAGACAUGCUCUUUGCAUAUGGCUUAUAGUAGCAAAAUUUCCUUCUUGGUUUAAUGCUGUUCUGGGAGAACAAUACAAUGCUUGGAAGGCUGAGUUUUAUCGUCUAUACAAUCUAGAAGCAAUUGGUGAUUUUGAAUUGGGCUGGAGAGAUAUGGUGAAUUCUUUUGGUUUGCAUUCAAACAGGCAUAUAGCUAGUCUGUAUGCAUUAAGAUCAUUUUGGGCAUUGCCAUACUUGAGAAGCCAUUUUUUCGCAGGAAUGACCACACCUGGCCUCUCGAAGUCAAUUAAUGCUUUUAUUCAACGAUUUUUGAGUUCGCAAACCCGUCUCACACAUUUCUUGGAACAAGUAGCCGUUGCUGUGGAUUUUAAGGAUCAAACUGGAGAACAACAAACAAUGCAGCAGAAUCUCCAAAACAUUUCCCUGAAAACAGGGGCUCCCAUGGAGUCCCAUGCAGCUGCUGUUCUCACGCCUUAUGCAUUCUCGAAGCUCCAAGACCAACUCGUUAUGGCCGCUCACUACGCAUCAUUUCAGAUCGAAGAUGGUUUCCUCAUCAGACACCACACGAAACUCGAGGGAGGUCGAAAAGUUUAUUGGGUCCCACGGGAAGGCAUCAUUAGUUGCAGUUGCCACCAGUUUGAGUUCUCUGGAAUCCUCUGUAGGCAUGCUCUUCGAGUUCUUUCAACUGGUAAUUGCUUCCAAAUCCCAGAAAGGUAUUUGCCCCUGCGUUGGCGUAGAAUCAAUAUGUUGUCCACAAAACUUCAUCAGAUGGCUCCAAAUGACCAUGCAGAAAGGAUUCAAUUAUUUCAGAGUAUGGUAUCGACUCUCGUAACAGAAUCUGCAAAGUCAAAAGAACGCCUAGAUAUGGCAACUGAGCAAGUUUCCAUCCUUCUAUCUCAGAUAAGGGAACAACCGGUUUCUUCACUCGGGUUAAGAGAACUUUCCUCCCUACACAGGAAUCUUACGUAAAAGAACAUGUUAUGUUGAACACUCGAUAGAAUUUUGUAGAAAUCAGCUAGAAACAUGAAUAUAUACAUAUAUAGGGGCUAAAGGCCGACUUGAUACAUGGGGCAUGUGUUCAUGAUGGUUUUGGAGCUGCCUUGUUGGCAGAUUCUAUUUGCAUUACA